CUACCAACAAAACAACCAGUCCCCCACAAAAAACCCCAAACUCAAUAACCUAUUCAUCAUUCAGACAUCCCAAAAUCUAGUGCUAUUUUUGUUUAUUACUCGUCCUUACACCUCGUAUGUCAUGCAAUUGCAAGUUCCAUUGUGUUUUUAAGACGUCGAACAACACAACACGAAACACAACAAUAAAGUAAUAAAUUCCCGUGUGCGAGCUAAAAGUUUUUAUUAGAGAAAAAAGUUAAUUGUGCGAGGAUGUCCACACCAGCAAGACGUCGCUUAAUGAGGGACUUUAAAAGGUUACAAGAAGACCCCCCCACUGGCGUGAGUGGAGCCCCCACAGACAAUAACAUUAUGAUUUGGAAUGCCGUAAUCUUUGGGCCACAUGAUACUCCAUUUGAAGAUGGAACUUUCAAACUCACAAUAGAAUUUACCGAGGAAUACCCCAACAAACCCCCCACUGUGCGAUUUGUUAGUCACAUGUUCCACCCCAAUGUCUACGCAGAUGGGGGUAUUUGUCUGGACAUCCUGCAGAAUCGGUGGAGCCCCACAUACGAUGUCUCAGCUAUUUUAACUUCGAUUCAGUCGUUAUUGAGCGACCCGAAUCCGAAUUCCCCGGCGAACUCGAUGGCGGCGCAACUCUACAAAGAAAACCGACGGGAGUACGAGAAACGGGUGAAAGCCUGCGUGGAACAAAGCUUCAUCGACUAAGAGGGGGGACCCGAAACGUGCGGCAACAGUGUACCCCACACACGCAAAACCCCCUGCAACUCUCCUACUACAGCUAAUUUAAUACUACUUGUGCUUCAAAACAAAAAAACCGCGUCACAAAAAUUGUUUCUCAUCAUGAUAAAUAAUUAUAAUUAAAUAAUAAUAAAAAAACUACAACGUCAUCCAUGCCGUUUGCAAACGAAAUCGGGUGGGAUUUUUAAAACUUUUUGGCCGUGUGCAGAAACGUUAGUUAUGAUUUGUCGGCACACCCAACAAAUCUCAACUCGC